UCCAACAUGGAGCCGCCAAUGGGUCGGCGUCUCCCGUGACGUCAUCCUACCGCGUCCUGUCUGUAUCUCAGCAGCAGCAGCCAGCAGCAGAAGCCCCCCUCUUCUUGUCUCCUGUCUCCGGACGGAACGUCUUGCACCGGGAGCCGCUCUUAAAGGGGAAAUGCACCGAGACCGGACUCCGACACCCAGCUGGGGGCUAUCACAUACCUCUGUCUUUGAUCUCUUUCUGGUGUGCUAGGUCCCACGCACUCCCAUUCUGUUUUCCAUUUAGUCUGCCUGCUUACCCUCUCCACCCAUCUUCCUCAUGGAGGAUGUUCACCCCUCAUACCUCUCAGGACAGGAAGAUGUGGAUAACCUACCCUACCCAAUAACAUCCAUUGGGCAAAAUGAUACUUGUGCCCCUAUACCAGGAGGUGUGGAGAUUGUCCUUGUGGGGGGAGGAGAACCCACAGUUGGAACAUAUCCUGAGGAGACCGGUGUCCUUGCCUCUUACUCUCACAUGGGAUUCAGAGAGGAGAACAGAGAAGGCAUGAGACUGACCAAUCCCAGAGAUCCAAAUGAAAUUGGCUGUGGCAUCAUGGGGCGCUCAGAACAAGACCAUCUUUCUUCUAAAUUCACUCUUCCGCCUCCUAACCAUCAGACCUUGCACCACAUUGGGUCACACCAGCCUAGCACACAUGCCACAUCCUGGGGAUUCUCUGCUGCAGACACUCAUGAAGAUGUUGAAAGGCAAUCUGAUGCAAUGGCUUCAGAGGAGCAGUACUUGCAUGAUAGAAGGAUAGAUUGGUCUUCAGGCUUGGAGGAUGUAGAAGGUCAUUCACAGUUAAUCAUGGGAAGGUCUGACCCACCACCCAUAACAAUGCCAGCGUUCAGAAGAGCCCUACAAUUAGGAACUGCUCAUGAGGCCUGGCAAGGGGGAAACUACUCUGAAGAAGAUGCACAUGUAGAGGUGGAAGAAGAGGAGGAGGAAGAAGAGGGUUCUGUCUACACUUGCAUUGAGUGCAGCAUUUACUUCAAGAAAAAAGCCCACCUGUUGGAGCACAUGUUCCAGCACUCGCAGGAAGGAGAGGGCGAGGGGGUGCAGACAGGUGAAGAUCCUCACACCUGUGGAGAGUGUGGGAAGGUGUUUGGAGAUGGGGAGAGUCUGGAAUCUCACCGCCAACUUCAUCAGGAGUCCAGACAGAAAAUAAUAGAGGAAAUUAGCAAAUUAGAGAGCUUGACAGAUGAGGGACGAGAUGCCCGAUUGCAGUGCCCCAAAUGCCUCUUUGGUACAAACUCUUCCAAAGUUUUUGUUCAGCAUGCAAAGACUCAUGUGAAAAAAGUUGGUGGGGAAACUCGAGGAACCCCAACAUCUUUCAGAGUGUCCUCUGAAAUACCGGAUGGAGGGGAAACUUCAGAACCAGCAAAUGAAGAGAUAUGGAAAAGUCCGGAAGCAGAAGCUACAUUUGAACAGGGGUGGAAAGCUGAAUUGCCCCAGCCUGUAGUUCAGGGUCCUAGUAAGGCAAAGAAGAAGACUCCAACUAGAGAAGACUCUGAAAGUUCUCUGCAUGAUAAGCAGCUUAAUGCGGGAGAAAUGCAUAAGCAAAAAAAGGCAUUCCAAUUGCCAGAGGCCGCUGUAAAGCUGAAAAGUAAAUUUAAAGAGGCUCUGAAAGCUUGUGGGGGAGGUGAGGAAGACCAGCGACGACAACUGAGAGAGAAGGUUGCUGUUGUUCUUCUACAAAAUAUUAGCUCCAAGAAAAGGAGCAUUAAGGGCCCUAAGACUUGGGGUUAUGGGAAAAGGCUUUCUGCAAAUAACAAGAACCUGGUUUCACGCAGCUCCCUUAAUCACCAUCUAGGCAGAGAUGAAUGGGCAGAUGAUGGGGAAGAUGAUGUACCCUUAGAUGUCCUAUUAAUGGAUCCCAAAUAUGCAAGCCAGCUGGAAGCCCUUGGGCUAAGGAGUGAGGAACGGGAGUGUCCAUAUUGUCCUGAUCGCUUCCACAAUGGGAUAGGUCUUGCCAAUCACGUCAGGGGACACCUAAACCGAGUUGGAGUCAGCUAUAAUGUACGGCACUUCAUAUCAGCGGAAGAAGUGAAGGCCAUCGAACAGAAUUACUCCUUCCAGAAGAAGCGCAAGAAAGUGGCGAACUUUGACCCCAGUACCUUCAGCCUGAUGCGGUGUGAGUUCUGUGGUGCUGGUUUCGACACUCGUGCUGGCCUCUCCAGUCACGCCCGUGCCCACCUGCGAGACUUUGGUAUCACCAACUGGGAGCUCACAGUGUCUCCCAUCCAUGUCCUUGCUCGUCUGCUAGCCCGCUCACCCGGUCGUCCACUGCCCCCUUUUCCAACUUGGCACCAGGACACUGACACAGACGCUUUAGGGUCAGAUGAGGAUGAUGACACACCAUUAGAUCUGGGGCGACCGCAAAUCUCAAAACCCGAACAGAACCGCUUAGAGAAAAUGGCGUCUGAUCAGAAUGCUAGCAAAGGGGAAGACUCUAAAGGCCCAGGUCCCAUCACGUGUGAGCUGUGUGGAGCAUGCUUCGAGACCCGGAAGGGCCUAUCCAGCCAUGCACGCUCUCACCUGCGCCACCUCGGGGUGCCAGAAUCGGAGAGCAGUGGGGCCCCUAUUGACCUUCUGAACGAGCUGGCCAAGCAGGGCAAGCUGCCGAAAGACGAGAGUAUAUUGGGGGCCAAGAAGGUGGUAAACCCCCCGCCAGCAUCCCCCAAAGGCCAAUGGGGGGACGAGGACGGGCCUCUGAAUCUGACUAUGGAAGGAGAGCCUAGCAGAGAAAAUGACUGCCAGUUUUGUGGUGCUUGGUUCGAGACUCGAAAGGGCUUGUCCAGCCAUGCCCGGGCACACUUGCGACAUCUAGGUGUAAUGGAUCCAGAUGCAAAAGGUUCCCCAAUUGCUGCGCUCAACUCCCUCAUCAAAAGCGAAGAGUUCAAAAAGAGGUUGUCUGGACACACUCCAGCAGACACUGAAUGUCAUGCCAAAGCUUCUGGGGACAGCACCUCGACAAACACUGGCACAGAUCGUGGUCAAUCAAGCAACAGCACAAAGGUCAAAGAAAGUGGUAUAUUUACUAAGAAGGUAGAGAGCACAAACAAGGGGAGCAAUGAUACCUCUGCUAACAUAUCUGACAGCAGCCCUCACUCCAUGCAAGCAGAAAGUGGCCUAAAGUUAUCUGACCGCAUGGGACCAAUAGAGACCUCCACACACUUCAAAUCUCCUACUGGGAAAGGAAACGGUACACAAAUCAAAAUUGUUGAAGCUGGUGCCUCACAUCUUCUGUCACCCGAGGUUGGUUCCCACACAAAGAUAGUUGAUGCUGGCAGUCCCCACAUAAAGACUGAGGCUGGACGUGCUCAUGGCAAGAUGGAACCUAGCACCCAGCCCAAGGCCUCACUAGCCGGUCUCACACACCCCAGACCACUACCUUCUAGGACACCACCGGUGAAGAAGCUGAAGGCCUCUCCUCAAGCCUGUAAAUCCAACAUGGACUCUUACUGGUCCCAAAAGAAUUCCUCCACUCCACUCAAUCUGUCCCCAAGUUCGGAAGAAGUCCGCUGCGAGUUCUGCGGCGAGUUCUUUGAGAACAGAAAGGGCUUGUCGAGCCACGCCCGCUCCCACCUGCGCCAGAUGGGUGUUACAGAGUGGCAUGUCAACGGCUCGCCCAUCGACACCUUACGGGAGAUCUUGGCCAGUGGGACCUGUCCCAGAACAGGCAACAGGAUCAGAGACCCCAACUCGGAGAAGCUCCUCCCACAUCAUCCUCCCUCCUCCCCCACCGGCUCCCACCCAUACAGUGGGUUGGCUCCGGCAGUGCAACAACGCAAGCCUCCUCGGCUUCCUACCUACCAGGCCAGCGAGUGGCCCUCCGAUCUCUCACCUUUAAACUUAUCUUCCCGUGCAGACCCCACCCGCGACAUCCGCUGUGAGUUCUGCAAUGAGUUCUUCGAGAACCGCAAGGGACUGUCUAGUCACGCCCGCUCACACUUGCGCCAAAUGGGUGUUACGGAAUGGCAUGUGAAUGGCUCACCCAUUGACACUUUGCGGGAAAUUAUACGCAAGAGACGUCCUACACCGCCGCAUGUUGCUAACAUUAAAAAGGAACCACGAGGAGAAGAACGGCCUACCAGUCCAUCGCACAGACUGUCGCCACUAGGUAUUGGAUCAGGAGGCAUGAAUCGAGAUCUUUCAGUGUCGCCUCAUGGGCGCCCGCACAACAACUUUCUUUCCCCCAUGCUAACAAAAAGGCCAGCAUCCCAUGAACCAAGACUUACCCAGUCUGAGCCAAAGGGCUAUAUGAAUAUAGAGUCAAAACCUUGCAACCAGUCACAGUCUAAGUCUUACAUGCCAGGUGAGAAUAGGCCAAAAGCCUAUGGUCAGGAUGAGGGUAGGCCGAAGACCUUUAUUCAGAGUGAUGGAAGGCCCAAACAGUUCCUGCAAAGUGGUGAUGGGAGGCCAAAGACUUUCAUGCAUGACGGGAGACCAAAGGGCUUCUUGACGGGUGAAAACAGACCCAAGCAAUUUAUGCAAGGGGAAGGCAAGCCUAAAACAUAUUUGCAAGGUGAUGGGAGGCCAAAAUCUUUUAUACCUGGGGAAGGUAAACCUAAACCCUACAUGCAGGGUGAAAGCAAGCCUAAGACUUAUUCUCCAGAUGGCAAGCCAAAGGCUUAUAUCCAAACUGAGCUUCCAUUCAAAGUAAAGGUGAAGGCAUCUCCCGACAAAGCAGUCACUACUUCAGUGGAGGCUUGCUGCGAGCUCUGUGGGCUUUACUUUGAAAACCGGAAAGCGCUUGCCAGCCAUGCCCGAGCUCACCUUCGCCAGUUUGGGGUUACAGAAUGGUGUGUCAACGGUUCCCCCAUCGAAACACUACGAGAGUGGAUGAAACAGCGACCUCAAAAGGCUGGGGCUUAUCUCAGUUAUAUCCAAGGAGGUCGCCCAUACACUAAAAAGUUCAAGCGAGCUUCACACACCCCAAAACCUGGCGCACCGGAGAGAGAGAGUCCAGCUGUUACUCCUGGGAAAGUAGUGGAGACAGAUCGUCCCGCCGGAGCACAAGGGACGCUACCAGAAAAGCCGGCAGAAGCACAGGGGCUGAAAACAGAGCGCCGUCCGUCUAAACCAACCGAGGUUCCACUUUCACGAGAUGAUGCAGUCUCUGAAACACUACCCAAAUCUGAGGAACCGCGACCACCCCCAAGAGCACGUCCUGUCCCUUCCCUGGUUCCAAGACCACCUCAGACCUCCUUAGUCAAGUUUGUGGGGAAUAUUUACACAUUGAAGUGCAGGUUUUGUGACAUCCAAUUCCAAGGUCCACUCUCCAUCCAAGAGCAAUGGGUCCGUCACCUGCAGCAUCACAUACUGGAAAUGAACUUCUCCAAAUCCCCAAGCCCACCCCAUGAGCUCUCCUCCCAAGAGCAGCCUGAGCCUACCAAAGCUCAAUAGCCAGCCAAUAGCUCCGGGACAAGGGUACAUCACCUUCACGCCAGGACAGCAAGCGUUCAAGUUAUGUGGAAGAAAGCUAUAGGUGGCAGCUUGAAAUGUGUAGUCCGGGGAGUAAUGUGUAAUAAAAUUCUGAGAUGGAGUUGGAUGGCCAGUUAGGUAAAGAGCAGGUGUCGACAGAUCAUAGGGCUCCUGGGGAUGUUGUAUGGGCUGGAAUGUUACAGUAAGUAGAAUGAGUAUGAUACUGUGGUCACAGUAAUGGCUUUAAGGGUCUGGCAAUGGGUAACUUUUUAGAGGGUGUAACAGACAAUUGAUGUUGUAUGGAGAUGGGUAAAAGGCUGGCCUAUUGUUUAACACGCAUGGUAUUUAGGCAUUGUAAAGUGGGAAGAAUAAAACUGCAAUUACAAUACAACCUUUAUCUGAUAGGUGGUGGGUGUUUUAUAUUCAUGGUCCCCAUGAAUAUUUCUUCCAAAAUUGGAGUUAGCUCCCUUCCAUCGAAGUUUGCUGAAUGGCAUCAUACCGCAUGGGCUUAAUAUCUGCUCUGGCUGGAACAACUGGAUUUCCUGUUGUGUCCUUGACGUUAUGAAACUAACAUUGACAUGACUGAGGUUGAGUAGGUUGGACUUCCUUUGGUGACUGUGUUUAAUAGUUUGGUAAUGUUUGUGGCAACAAAUCAAACACACUAGAGAUAUUAACUCAAAAUUACAGGACCUCCUUCUUCGAAGUACUAUAAAUCCAGAUGAAUAAACUCCUUUCACUGCACUGUGACAUAUACCAUCUGAGUGACUUGAUGGCGAUUAUGUGACCAGUUUCAGAUGAUGUAUCUCCUCCCAGGUUCCUGCUUCAAGAUCUCAUCGGGGCAGUGUGUACUGACUGGUAAUGGUGGUCUAGUGAGUAGUACUUGGAUGCUGGCUGCAGUGCUAGUUACUCCUGACUGACCAGAUUUUAUUUUGUUUCAUCAAUUAGUCACUUAAAGGGUGUACUGGGUCACAAAGUCGUGGUGAUGGCUAAAGGGACCUUAUUGUAAAUAUGCUUUUAUAUAGUGUUUUUAAAUAGGACAGUGUCCUGUAAUAUUAAAGCAGUUUUUUUUUUUUUUUUUUUUAAUUGGUUUGGAGCUCCUGUGGUCAGGUUUACACAGUUUCUACAAGAACCUUGCACAGCCAUCUGCUCUCACAUGGUUAUAUAUAUCUUCCCUUACUACAGAGUUUUUCAGCUCAUCAACUUUUAAUACAUAGAGAAAAUCACAAAGCAGAGUCUGAGGGAGAAAUGCUACAAUUAAAUGCUAAGCCGACAAACUGUAAGAGUAAUAAACAAUUUCAUUUAAUGUUCAAAAAUUAAAUUUGCCGGAUCAAAAUCAUUAAACUGGGUAUUACAACUUGCUGGAAUAACUUAAACCUUGCUAAGACUUUUGCCUGAAAUCACAUUUUGAAACUCUAAAAACACACUUAACAGUUUUGACUGACUUCUGGUCGCAACAUAUGUAACCAUGGAAACUGCAUUGUUUUUGUUUUUAAUAUCCAAAAUAAUUACAAAAAAUAAUUUUACCCCUUUUUUUUUUUUUUUUUUUUUUUUUUUUAAAGACCCAGAAUAUGCAGCGUUAUUGUGAUAGUGUCCCUUUAAUGCAAUCUUGCACAGGGAGCGUAAAUACUUUUUUUUUUUUUAGCAGUUAUUGUGAUGGGAGAACACAGGCAAAACGGCUUGGGGGGAAAGUUGUGUCUUUACUGGGGGUUUUUUUUUUUUACCCAGAUUGCUUUUUGGAAGGUUGGCUGUAGGAAAGAGCUGAAGUUCAAAGAUUCCAUUUGGUGUUACCACUCCUAGUCUAUGGGUGUAGUCUGCAUACACAGUCGCCCCUCACAGCCCCUUUCCCAUUAAAUAUGGGUUUUGUUACAGGGUUUUCAAAUGAGGAACCUUUAUGUAUAUAAUAUAUACGUUGUAAUAUUGUGGUUGUAUAUUUUGUCACCUCCUGUAUUUGGGCUAACAGAUCUAUGGUUUUAGAGCCAGUAAAACGUAACUGUGUCCAAAAUCUGCGGACCUUUUACGUAAAUGCUCUUUCCUGCUUGAAUGUAUUGAACAUUUACUUUUCUAUCUGUAGAUGGAGGUACUUCUAUCACUAAGGAUGCGUCUUCAUGGUGAUACAUACCGUAACUUGUAGAUGGGUGUGACCUAUAUUAUAAAUAUGAAAUGUGGAGGGGUGUUUGUUUAUUAAGGUGACCAGACUGGAGUAGAUCUCCUACCCUCACUCACCACACCCGCCUAUGUGGUGGGAUUAGUAGAAGUGAGGCGUUACUUUGCGCAUGCAUCCUGUAAAGGUCUUCCACUAGUCACAUGUUAAUUUAUGCACACAUGCUUCCUACUGUCUGCAGAGAGAGUAUUAUCCUAUAGACCCAUUAUGAAUAUUGUGUAUUAUAUAGUGGGGCACCAUCCAAUGCAAGUAUUCAAAGUAGGGUUCCUGAAGUAAUUGUUAUCCUUUCCUACAUUUACCAAGAGGUUGGGUCACACUUUUGUUGUCCCCCUCCUCCACCUCUUACCCUGAAGAUUACAAUGUGAAAUCUUGUCCCCUGAUGACCCUUAAGACGCUAUUUGACGUUUUCCUGGUAACCUGAAGUUUUAUUUUCUGUAUCAACUCUUUGAUUUAACGUUAUUGUGUAGAAUUUAAGUAAAGUGAUCUGUUUUUACCCUG